GUUGUAGUUGAAUCAUAUUAUCUGAGGGGGGCAGUAAUACGCCACGUAGCCUUUGCACGACUGGAAACAGGAAACAAAGAGGACGCGAAGAAGAGCGCCGCUAAUCCAAGAUGGACGAGUCGCACACAAACGCGAAGCCAACCCCGGAGAACCUGGACGACCCUCCCAACAGCCGCCUGUUCCUGGUGGCCAGUCGAUUCGUCACCGAAGAGGAGCUCCGGGAAAGGUUCUCGGCGUUUGGCGACAUCCAGGACGUUUGGGUGGUCAAAGACAAGCAGACGAAGGAGUCCAAAGGCAUUUGCUAUGUCAAGUUCGCCAAAUCGUCUCAGGCCUGUCUGGCUAUGGAGGAAAUGCAUGGAAAAGUCCUGCAGGACGGAAGCAAACCCAUCAAGGUGUUUAUCGCCCAGUCGCGCUCGUCGUGCAGCCACAGAGACGUGGAGGAUGAGGAGCUGACCAGGAUCUUUGUCAUGAUCCCCAAAACCUUCUCAGAGGAAGACCUGAAGAACACUUUCAAGGAGUACGGCGACAUUGAAUAUUGCGUCAUCAUCAGGAACAAGCUGACGGGGGAGAGUAAAGGUUUGGGCUACGUCAGGUACUACAAACCCUCCCAAGCCGCCCUGGCGAUAGAAAACUGCGACAAAGCUUACAGGGCCAUCCUGGCGGAGCCUCGGAACAAGGCCUCGUCCUCCGAAGACUACAACAGCAUGGCGUCCAGGAGCGAUUACUCGAGCGGCGCCGACUCCUUGAACAUGUACCCCUUCAACAUGGCGGCGCCGGCCGAGCCCGUCAGCUACCCCAUGAUGGACUACCGCACCAGCGCCGGCAGCGGUGGCACCGACUUGACCCGCUGCCUGAUGGUGUCCACCCGCGCCGGGCUAACCCAGGAGCAGAUCUUUGCGCUGUUUGACAUCAUUCCAGGGAUGGAAUACUGCGAGCUGCAGCGGGACGCUUACGGCAUGAGCAAAGGUCACGCCAUGAUUCGCUACACCAACCUGGGAUCAGCACUUUACGCCAAAGACAAACUGAACGGAUUCGAGUACCCACCGGGAAAUAGACUGGUUGUCAAUUUUAUGGACGACGGAGAAGAUCGCAGCAGCUCAGUCGGUAGGAUGGCCAUGCAGUUUGUGGCCACCCAGAUGAUGUCAUCGGUGUGGAACGGACCGUCCAACAGCCAAGGCAUCAAACCUACCGCUUCUCAUCUGGGAUUCGCCGGCCCUCCCGUGUCCCGGAUCCAGACAGACGUCAGCCUGCCGCCCCUCAAGAAGCUGGCGCCCUCCGACAGCAAGGCCAAGGAGCGCUUGUUUGUGGUCUUCAGCCCUGCCCCACUUCCCGUGGAUGUGCUGGAGGACGUUUUCUGCCGCUUCGGUUCCCUGAUAGAGGUCCACUUGGUUCCAGGCAGGAAGGUUGGCUACAUGAAGUACGCAGACAAGCAGUGUGCUAUGGACGCUUUGGCGACGCUCCACGGCCACAUUGUCAACGGCGUAAAGAUGAAGGUGAUGCUUGCCGAUCCUCCCAGAGAAGAGUCGCACAAAAGGCUUCGCACAUACUAGCAUGUCGCCACCUGGCAGAGGUCGGGAGGGAAACAAGUGAGGCAAAGUUGCCCAAUGAACCACUGGAAUAAAAGUCAAACAAAACUACUUGCUUGGACUUAAAAAGGUCAUUGCAGGAGAACAAGAGGCAAUACUGCCACCUGGUGGCGUUUUAUAGCUUCAUGCAAAACAUCAACCUGACCAAAUUUUACAGAAGCGGACUGCUUUCACUUUUGAAUUCACGUGUUUUGGAGUGUUGUGCGUGAGUAACUGUGCAGCUUCUCGUUCCCCAGGCGACUGUUGUCAUGACAAAACGACUCCAGACCUGACAGACCCGACGACCCACACGGACGGGAGAACUCUUGACACGACCUUUGACACCUGUCUGACCUUACAGUCUCGGUGACCUUGCCGUGACCUUCCGUGUGAGCUUUUAGAGGUUUAGUCCUCUUAUUUUAUUUCGUGUUUGUUUUUUUAUACAUAUACUUUUCAUAGUCAAAGUCUCAUUUCAAACUGCUGUGAGAUCUCAAUCAGUGGGAAGAAUCCACACGGCCGCAAAAUCCCACAUUUUGACGUGCUUACAUGAAACAACGAUGACGUUGGCAGUUAGACUCAAGGUAAAGCUUCUACUCGUUCCAAUUUUUACUGCGCAAGUGGACGUCUGUUCAUUUUUGAAAUUUUACUAGUUGGUUUUUGUAUGUUCAAAUGUGUUCCCACUGUGAGAGCUUUGCAAGUCAAAAUAAAAACAGCAGAUCAACACGUCA